AUGUCCGCUGUGGCUGCCUUGUCCGUCAGUGUCGCGUCUGCUUUCGGUACCAUCUCCGAGUUUCCGACAGAGAUGACCAGCCUCAUGGAUCAAACCGUGGAUCCAUGCACCGACUUCUUUUCAUAUUCGUGCGGGACGUGGUACAAUGAGAACACCCUACACGCUAACGAAAGUACAACCGAUGCCACGCGCGCCGUGGUCACAGCUGCGGCGGACAAGGUAAUCGAAAAGUUGAUGGACGCCAAGCUGCCCAAACUCACCGAGUUCUACAACGCGUGUGUGGACACUGCCACGUUAGACACCUUGGGUUUGGCUCCCAUCGAAGAUCACCUCAAGGCCAUCCGCAGCGCCAACUCGACCGUCGAGGCCAUCUUUCGCGGCGCGACCAUCUCCAAGGCCACCGGCGUACCGCUGUUCGUGAAGUUGAACGUCGUGGCCAACUUCGUCGACGCCACCCGCAACGUCUUGGUUGCCAAAGGAACGAAAUUGCCGAUUCACAAAAACUACUACGAAGACCCGACGUUGUGGGCUAAGGUUGAGCAGCCGUACCGCGAAUACAUUGCCACAAUCUUCACGCUGGCCGGACGCACGGACGCGGAGGCGGGGGCGGCCACCGACGUCGUGAUUUCGUUUGAACGCCUCAGUGCCAAGCAGUCCAUGCCUAGGCUGCUCCAAGAGGCUGUGACCUCCGGCGUGGUGCCGCUCAGCAAGGCCAAAGAGUUCUUCCCAUUGGGGCUAGGUCUCCAUUUGCAAGGGUUUGGGUUCGACGUCCGCGAAGGGUGCAACACGACCAAGGUCCUGCUGGACGGCAUCAGUUACUUGGACUUCGUAGAAGGAUUUCUCCACAGCUUGUCCGUCGACGACCUCAAGACGAUCAUCGAGUACAAGGUGCUCGCCUUCAACGCGCCGUUCCUGUCAACACCGUUUGUGAAAGCACACUCGAACUUCCAUGGCAUGGUGAUUCAAGGCCUCAAAGAAUCCCCGCCGCGGGCCACUAUCUGCCGCAGACAGGUGGACUGGUCCAUAGGCGAACUGCUGGGCACGUACUACCUCAAGGAAGUGUGGACGGCCAACACGACCGAACGCGUCGACUCGUUCGUGGUGGCACUGGAAGCUGCCUUCGAGAGUGGACUGAACAGCGCGGGGUGGCUUGAUGACACCACUCGCGACAACGCCAAGACCAAGUUGUCCAAGUUCUCCCACUUCUUGGGGGGGCCCAAAAACCCCAAGACGUACCCCACCUUGACGUUUGACCCCAAGGCGUACAUUGCCAACCUGAACAAGGUGUCUGCGUUUGAUACUGCGUUCGAGCUAGCUCAGAUCGACACUGCCAAGGACAAGCAGAAUUGGAUCAUUACUGCGCAAACCGUGAAUCAGUACUACGACGCGUCGGUGAACACGAUUGUGUUUUCCGCCGCCACCUUGCAGCCCCCGAACUACGAUGCCAACGCAGACCCGUCCGUGAGCUAUGGCGGCAUGGGCUCUAAUGUCGGCCACGAAAUCACCCAUGGCUUCGACAACCUUGGCAGCAACUACGACGGCGACGGCAACUUCAGGCCUUGGUGGACGGAUACCGUGAAGGAAACGUUUGACGAAAAGACCAAGUGCUUCAUCGAGCAGUAUGGGUCCAUGGACGUCAAGAGCGAGCUCUCGGGUGCAUUGCUUGGCAAGUUGGACGGCAAAUUGACGUUGGGCGAAACCAUCGCCGACAAUGGGGGCCUUAACGCUGCGUACCGGGCGUACCGAGACUACGUGGAUACUGUAGCUGAUGCCACCAAGUACACCAAGGAAACAAGCGAAAAGAUGUUUUGGAUCGCGCACGCCCAAUUGAGGUGCGAAAAGAACACUGACGAGUACCUCCAGAUUCUGCUCACCGAUGAACACCCCCCUGGUCGCUACCGCUUGAUCGGGGCGGUUCAAAACUCGGUCGAUUUUGCCAACGUGUUUAAUUGCCCUGUGGAUUCACCCAUGAACCCGACCAAGAAAUGUGUAUUGUGGGAAUAA